AUGUUCGAGAUAGACGAAGAGAAGAUAGAAUCUACUGCAUGGCGCUGCAGUAGAUAUUCAACACAACAUUGUCGUUCUCGUUUGCACACAUGUAUUAUUACCAACAGUAUUAAAAAAGAACCAGCUGAACACUCAUAUCAAUUCGAUGCUAUUACAGUUGAAAUUCGAAGAUUCGAGCAACAAUUGAUCGAUCGCGCCAAGAAUACACAAGAAACACCAGAGGUCAUUAUGACUAAUCGUACUAGAGCACUUAGUCGUCCACCUGUUCGUGAUCAUAUUAAACGGCGAAUUCAAAAAAUACGCGCUAAAAAUGAUUAUGCAACUGUGCCAAACGAUCCUAAUUUUGUGUCAAUUUCAUUUACAUUGAGUAGCACCCAAUAUGGUAGUGAAUUCUGA